ACAGGCAGAGAGCACCGACAUGGCGAGCAAGCGAGCGGUGUCGCGAUCCCUCCUGCUCGUGAUCGCGACGGCGGUGCUAGUGCGUCCGUUCUGCUGCGCCGUCGAUGCUCCGACGUCGGCGGCGAACCAGACGCGCCCCCCGGCGCUGUUCGUGUUCGGGGACUCCAUCGUGGACCCGGGCAACAACAACGCCCUCACCACGCUGAUCCGCUGCAACUUCCCGCCCUACGGCCAGGACUUCCCCGGCCACAACGCCACCGGCAGGUUCAGCAACGGCAGGGUCCCCAGCGACAUCCUCGCCAGCCGGCUGGGCAUCAAGGAGUACUUGCCGGCGUACCUCGGCACGCAGCUCAGCGACUUCGACCUCCUCACCGGCGUCAGCUUCGCCUCCGGCGGCUGCGGCUUCGACCCCCUCACCGCCGAGCUCGUGUCGGUGCUCACCAUGGACAACCAGCUGGAUCUGUUCAAGGAGUACAAGGAGAAGCUGAAGCGCAUCACCGGCGCGCGGCGUGCCGGCGAGAUCGUCGCGACGAGCGUCUACAUGGUGGUCACAGGCACCGACGACCUGGCCAACACCUACUUCACGACGCCGUUCCGGCGGGACUACGACCUCGAGUCCUACAUCGAGUUCGUCGUGCGGUGCGCCUCCGACUUCAUCAAGAAGCUGUACGGGCAGGGCGCGCGGCGGAUCAACGUCGCCGGCGCGCCGCCCAUCGGGUGCGUGCCAUCGCAGCGGACCAACGCCGGCGGGCUCGAACGGGACUGCGUGCCGCUGUACAACCAGGCCUCCGUCGUGCUCAACGCGGCGCUGGAGAAGGAGAUCAAGCGGCUCAACGGCAGCGCCGAGCUCCCGGGCUCCGUGCUCAAGUACAUCGACCUCUACACGCCGCUGCUCGACAUGAUCCAGCGCCCCGGCGCCUACGGAUUCGACGUGACGAACAGGGGGUGCUGCGGAACGGGGGUGUUCGAGGUGACGAUGAUGUGCAACCGCUACACGGCGCACCCCUGCAGGGACCCCAGCAAGUUCCUCUUCUGGGACACCUACCACCUCACCGAGAGAGGCUACGACCUCCUCAUGGAGCAGAUUAUAAACCGGUACGGGCUCUGAAACGGAUUUCAUGAUGACCGCAGUGGAGGUUUCGUACUUCGGUGCUAUGACACCGCAGUUUGUAGUUGAGAAGCUUUUGCUGAAUCUUGGGUGUCCUGAUCAAAGAAAUUGAGUGUGUUCUGAUCUUGUAGCUGAACUGCAGCUAAAGCAAUCAGCAGUUCAUUAUCAUGUCCCCAGUUUGUGUUGUGAUAAUAUGCCAGCAGCCAAUUGCUUA